GCCAGGAUGGACUCGAAGCGAGAUACUAAAGAGCAAGAGGGAGAGGUCGAGAAGAUUACCGCUGUGCUGCUCAAGUCUCACUCGGGGGAGUUUGAUUUGGAGUCCAUACUGUUUCUCAAAUUCAGGGGUCUCGGUAUACACGAUCUUGGCUGUAUAGGAGAGUGUAUGAAUUUAGAGAGACUGGACCUCUCUGGAAAUAAUAUUGUCAAUUUAGCUCCGUUGUCAUCACUUCGACUGCUUUCUGUUCUCAAUUUGUCUUCUAACAGGAUUUCUAAUUUAGAGCCCCUGUACAGUUGUGACAAUCUACAGAAUUUAAACCUUGCUGGUAAUAUUAUCUCCAGUAUCGAUAACCUUAUCUGCCUUCAGUCUUUGAGAAAACUAGAAAGUAUUCGUCUUAACGACAACACAUACAAUUAUUCAAAUCCAGUCUGCAGAAACGUGUCAUAUAGAACUGUCGUUCUUGAGAUGUUCCCUAACGUCAAAGUGCUAGAUGGCGAGAGAGUUGUUGGACGUGGGAGCGACUUAUACCAACUAUGCAAAGACAUUGAUGACACCAUUAAAGCCGGUCUUUACAAAAAUGGACAACUUGUUGAACAUCAGGAUUGCAAGCCAUGGGUGGAGGAUACUUACUGGGAAAUCAAACGAUCCAACAACGCCAUCGUUGAAGAAGCCUACAAGCAGUUUAAUGAUAUUCUUCAUGAAUGCAGACUCCUAAACAACAGAGCAACUCAUGCAAUUUCCCAGACUGAAAGAUCAAUGAGCUUGAAGAAGCAGCCAAAGCAGUAUGCCAUCUGA